AGAUCUAUGCGAUGUACACAGGAAAUCUACACGAAAUUUCAUCGCCAGAUGAUACCUUGGAAUUAGUCAAUAUUUCGUAACAGUACUAUAAAGUCCCACCGUGAUCUCGUGAUCGGAUCCAUCCGGUCGAACUUUGUUCGGUAUUAACAAACACAAAGCAUAAACAUCGAUGAUACCACCGCCAGCAGCAAGGAAGAAUUUACAUACGGACACAGACGACAUUCAGCCUACGGCUAGACGGGACUCUGUAGAAAUGGCUGACACUUCGGAAUGGUCAGGCGACAAGCGCCGGUUGCUUCGGGAGGAAGAAGAGGAGGAAGAUGAUGGGAAUACGGAGGCAAUGGAUUAUGCACAGCGUUCCAAUUUGCCAUUGCCUGUGAAUGGAAUCGAGGGGAAUGUUCCGAAUGUUAAAACUGAUGACACUGGGGAGGAUCCUGUGGCUAUUUCUCCUGAAGAUAAAAAACCACCAUGUACAGCAUAUAUGACUGUAAUGGUACUCUUCUGUGUGAAUCUUCUCAAUUAUUCAGAUCGUUACACAAUUGCAGCUAAUCUACCUGCCAUACAGAAAUAUUUCCUAAUUGAGGAUAACAACAGUGCGGCAGGUCUCCUGCAAACUAUCUUCAUCGUGGGUUACAUGGUGACAUCACCAAUCUUUGGCUAUCUUGGCGAUCGUUACUCUAGGAAGCUCAUCGUAGCCUUUGGUAUUUUGACCUGGUCUGGGCUAACCCUUGCUGGUUCAUUCGUUCCACCUGAUAAGUUCUGGGUCUUUCUGCUCCUCCGAGGUCUCGUUGGUAUCGGAGAAGCAAGUUACGUGACGAUCGCUGCCACUCUGAUCGGAGAUCUCUUUGUGGGCAACAGGAGAACAAGGAUGCUCAUGGUCUUCUAUUUUGCUAUUCCAGUAGGCAGUGGUUUGGGCUAUAUAUCUGGCAAAUUAGUAGCAGAGUUAGCAGGUGAUUGGAGAUGGGCUUUAAGGUUCACACCUCCACUGGGCAUUGUGUGUGUGAUCCUCAUUCUCUUCCUGGUCAAAGAGCCCAAGAGAGGUCAAGCUGAGACUGGUGAACACGCUAUGGCCAACACGAGCUACAUCACUGAUAUCAUGGCAUUGGUCAGAAAUAAAAGCUACAUUUGUUCCACCUUUGGACUUACGACUGUUUGCUGGGUAACUGGAGCACUGGCACUAUGGGCUGUGACUGCUAUAACAGACGCUUAUGAGAUUCUUGGCACUGACUCCACAAGUGUUCCCAUCAUCUUUGGUGUGGUGACUGUAGUGGCAGGCUUCUUAGGUGUAGGGAUGGGAACCACCAUAGCUCAGCUACUGAGGAAGAAGACCGAUCGAGCUGACCCCUUGGUGUGUGCUGCUGGAAUGUUGCUUAGUGCUCCGUUCCUCUUCAUAGCUCUAGAGGUCUCUGAUCAACAGGUCGGCAUUACCUGGACUUUUGUAUUCAUAGCUGAAACACUGAUUUGUUUGAACUGGGCAUUGGUUCCUGAUAUUCUAUUGGCUGUGUUAAUACCAACCAGGAGAUCAACAGGCAAUGCUAUUCAGAUGUUGAUAUCACAUUUACUGGGAGAUGCCCUCAGUCCAUGGCUUGUGGGAGCGGUUUCUGACUCCAUAAGAAACAGUCAUGAAGACAGCGAGAGCACUGAAGCCAAGUAUACUAGUCUCAUCUUCUCUCUCUAUACCACCUGCUACGUAACCGUUCUUGGAGGGGGAUUCUUCCUAUGGACAGCACUGUACUUUGCAGAUGACAAGAAGAGGGUCCAGACCAUCGUUUCAAAAAUGAAAUCAGGCAACGGCACAACAGCGUCAUCAGUGUGUAAUGUUGAUGUAGAUGAAAGAUUAAAAGCCAACGAAGUUCCAGUGCAAGUUGAUGCUGCUAUCAUAUAAUAGGGGAAGUCCCUACUGUGAGAAUGACGACGCUCUACUCUGGAAAGCUCCCAUCCAACAGGAUUUAUAUUAGGUUACAUCGUAGGGGAAGUCCCUACCGUGAUGAUAACGACACCCUCCCAAAUCAAUGAGAUUUUCUCUGAACCUCACCACAUACUAAGGCCUCCAAGAUUAUGACCAAACUUUUGAAUGAAAAUCAUUGUUAGAUGAGGAGAUGAAUAUUCCUUUUUGUGGAUCAGAAAAUGCAAAUGCAUUGUAGAAUCUAAAUGAACCAAAUAGGAAGAAAGAAGAACCAAAUAGAAAGAAAGAAGUCUAGUCAGUUUUAAGAUAGUGACGGUGGUGGAUGUUAUCCCAAUUUACAGGUACUUAGGCAGUCUUUUGGUUUGAAAUGUGUGCUUUGUCCAUCAGGUGGAUCCUGGUUUCACUUUCCUCAAACUUGGUUGCAGUCCAAUUGAACUAUGGGAGUUGGGAUAUAUAUAUGGUCUACUGCAGUGUCUUCUCUAUAACAGCUACAUGUACAAAUUUAUUCGCACAUUGGUUUUAGAUUGAGCUGGAAAGUGGGAAUGAUGUGAUUUAGAGGUAUACUUCAUACCUUUUCAUGACGGAUUUUAUCAUUUUUACUCUCUUCAAAAUCCUGAUGUGUCAUUCCUUCAAGACAAGUGAAAAAUAUGGUCAUGUUUUCUAGAAUUUGGCAUGACCUCACUUUUUUUUCCCCUGAAAUAUGAUUGCAGGGCCAGCAGGGCCCUCAGGGAGAACAGUAUGAAUACUGAUGAGGCUACCCUGGGUAAACAAGACAUAUUAUUAUUAUUAUUAUAUCAUUCCUAGUUACCUAUUGGAAGAAGCUUUCAGAAUGCAUCCAUAGAUAGUAUGUCAGAAACUCAGAAUGCAUGUUUCAUAAAAUGUGUGAAAGUAUAUCAAACUAGAACUAAUUAAUAUGACCAUUAGCUUAAGUUUGAUAGAGAAAAUGAUACAUUCAAGUCCAUCAAAACUAACUUGAAAUGGGAUGUUAUUUCAAUAAUUGCCUGGAUUGGAAAGGAUAUGUAUGUGAUACUACACUGCCUGGCAGAGAUCUGUUUAUAUAACGAUAAUGAUAUGAACACUUAAAAUGUGCCAGUAUCCAUCACAAUAGUGAUGCUCAUGGUGCAGUAGAAAAUAGAGUACCGGUAGAAAUAGUCACAUGAACAUGAACAUGAGUACAAACAUUAAGCAUGAAAUCAUAUUUUAAAAAAACUUUACAAAAAUAUUCCCCUAAGGUUGAUUUUUUAAGACUUUUCUUCUUAAAUCAUCUGAAAUACACUAUGUGAAUGCAUAAACAGGUUUUUGUAUGUUGUAAGGUGCUAUUUUGUUUAAUUUGUAGUGUCAUCGCUUACAUAAAUUGAUACUUGUAUACAUGCCCCUAGAUAAAGGCUUGUUCAAUCAAUUUGAAUUUUGUUUCUCUUCAUUCUUUUUGAAUAAUGUGGAAAUACAGGUUUGUUUUUUAAAUGCCUUACCACUACAUUGAUGUCUGAUUAUGUGGUCACCAGCCCUGGUGGUCACUAACCUUAGUCUGAGUUUUAAAAAAAGAAACAAGACUUACCCAUUAGUCUUAUUCAUUAUGCAAACCCAGGGGGUGUUUCACAAUACAAAGACUAAGAUCGACUUAAGUUAGACUUGAACUAUGGCAGGCGAUAUAUGACCUUAAAAAGUCUCGAACCAGAUGUAAAAAUAGAGGAAAAAAAACCUUAGAAAUUAUGAUCUUUAGAUGUUUUUUCUUCAAUAAUAAACUAUCAAAAAAUGUGAAUUCUGUAGAUUUGUGAUGUCCCUUGAGAGACCAAUGGUGAGAGCAAACAGUGGCAUGAAUGGCCUGCCAUAGUUCAAGUCCAACUUAAGUAGAUCUUGGUCUUUGUGAAACACCAUCCAGAAUACACAGGAUAUUCCUAGUUUCUGGAAAUAUUUCAAAUAAUUGUGCUAAUGCCAUCCCCCCUCUCAUUCUCUUUGAACAGAGAUGAAGUAGAGUAAUCAUAAAUAGUACAUGAAAAAUAUUGAUUGAAUGUUCAUUUAACAUUCAUAUAUAUAUAUAUAUAUAUAUAUCUUAUGUUAAAUUUCAAAUUGUAUGUACAUGUUGGAUAUGUAACAUUUUGUAAAAGGGCAUUGCUGGAAUUGGAUUUAGUUAUUAUCUAUGACAGACUUUCUUUUCAUUUUUGCCUGAAUUGUAUGUAGGCUGA